AUGAACAGGCUUUGGAACACGAGGCGCGUGGACCCCCUGCCAGGCCCCCCGACAAUGAUCCCGCUGGACCUGGUUCGCCUCUACGUCCACAACCUGCCGGGCCGGUGCCUGAAGCUGCGCUUGCUCACAGGCCGCUACUACUACCUGGAGCUGAACGCCCCGGACAGGGAGAUGGCCUUUCUGUUUGACCACUGGAUCCGCCUCAUCAACCUGCUGCAGGAGCCCACCACCUACUGGGCCCCCCGGACCCUGCACACACCCGUCUCGGACCUGGCCCACGUGGCCCCUCCUGCCUCCACCUGGCACCUCCAGAGCAGCCAGCCCGAAAGGAAGACGGAGCCCCUGGUGCUGGUGGGCACCCAGGAGACCCAGGUCACGGAGGUGUGGGCCCAGAAGAUGUCUCUGGAGCUGCCCGGCCACACAGCCCGGAGGGAGAUCGAGGAGGUGGUGGUGGGCAGGGCCCACGAGGUCGCCCUGGACGGCCUGAAGGGCAUCCCCGAGCAGCUGGUGGACCUGCCCGGCCUCCGGUCCCAGGCGACGGGGCAGCGGAGGAAGUGGGUGAAGACGCAGCAGCUGGUGGUGGAGGGAGCCCCGGGGGCGCCCGGGAGGCCCUUCUCCGUGGAGGACCUCACCCUGGCCAGGAUGACGGUUGUGGCCAAGGCCAAGGAGCCGCCCUUGAGACCGAGACUGUUCGGGCUGCCUUCCUGGCUCGGGUUGUCCCAGGCGUUGGCCCGGUCAACCAGGGGCUCAAAGCCCUUCGGCCCCCGACAGGCGGCCCCGGUGGAGGGGGCCCGGGUGGCGGCCCCGGAGCGGCCCCGGCUGGGACCCUGGGUGAAGGGGGGCGUGGGCCUGUUGGUGGAGGAGACACUGAGCGCGCAGGCGGCGGCGGCAGAGCAGGAGAAGCUGCCCUCGGCCCAGAGGGGCUCCUUCAAGGUGCGCCCCCGCCGCAAAAGCAUCCCCAGAAGCCCCAAGCUGGACAGAGCCUCCCAGGCCCCCAUCCCUCUGCCCGCGACGAGGUGGGAGGACGUGCCAUCGCCGGCCGUGCUGUCGCCCGUCUCAAAGAUGGAGGCCAGCGUGUCCCAAAAGCUCCACAGAGAAGCUGCGGAGGCCGAGGGGGAGUCGUCCCUGGAGAGCCUGGCGCCCACGCUCCUGGAACUGGAGACGGGGAGGAACACGGCCAGCGCGACAGAGCAGACGAAGACAAGACGGGCUGUCUUCACGCCGUGGCCCAGGUACGUGGGCGGGAAGGGCCUGCGGGGCCCUCUGCAAGGUGACAUGGUGGCGGCGGAGACCGGAGGGGCAGGCUGA